GUCGUCUCGUCUCCCGCGAGAAGGAAGAGUGAGAGAGAGGGGAAAAAAAAAGGAGUAGGGCUUGGUCUGCGCCGUCGGAUUGGGAUCGGCCGGUGAUGAUGGAGCCGGCGGAGGAUGCGGCCGUGCAGGAGAAGGCGCCGCCGCCGACGGAGUGGUACGACCCGGUGUCGUCGCCGCGGCCUGUCAGGGUGUACGCCGAUGGCAUCUACGACCUCUUCCACUUCGGCCAUGCCCGCGCGCUCGAGCAGGCCAAGAAAUCAUUCCCCAACGCGUAUUUGCUCGUCGGCUGCUGCAGCGACGAGAUCACCAACCUGUACAAAGGCAAGACCGUCAUGACCGAAGAUGAGCGCUACGAAUCGCUUCGCCACUGCAAGUGGGUGGAUGAGGUCAUACCAGAUGCACCAUGGGUUAUCAAUCAGGAGUUCCUAGACAAGCACCGCAUCGACUAUGUCGCUCAUGAUGCGCUUCCGUAUGCAGACACCAGUGGAGCUGCCAAUGAUGUCUAUGAAUUUGUGAAGGCCGUCGGGAAGUUCAAGGAGACGAAGCGCACCGAUGGCGUCUCGACAUCCGACAUUAUCAUGAGGAUCUUGAAGGACUACAACCAGUACAUCAUGCGGAAUCUGACCCGGGGAUACUCCCGCAAAGACCUCGGUGUGAGCUAUGUCAAGGAGAAGCAACUUAGAGUGAACAUGGGAAUCAGCAAGCUAAGGGAGAAGGUGAAGGAGCAUCAAGAGAAGUUUCACAGCGCGGCAAAGAUAGCUGGAAGCAAUCCUGUGGAGUGGAUGGAGAAUGCUGACCGUUGGGUCGUCGGUUUUCUUGAAAAGUUUGAGGAAGGUUGUCACAUGAUGGAAACUGCGAUUAAAGAUCGAAUUCAGGAGGGGCUGAAGAGGCAAGGCAGGUCAGACCCCAACCUUUCUGGAGAGGACUCUGACUCAUGAUGCCCUGCAAUUAUUAGAUCAAACUGGAAAAAACAUUGUGGAGACCAUUUCUAGUCCUGUAUGAGAUUAGUCUAUUGUUGUAGGACACUAAAGUGACAGUGGCUUGUUUGUACCAAGAGGUUAUGUACUUCUGAGAAUAAUAAUAGUUUGUGCAAGUACUGUUCCUGGAUUCAUAUUUUGAUAUGCAACUUGUACUUAAAGAUUAUCUGCAUAUCUAUGCCACAAACUGAACAUUAAUGUUUGUACAGUUUUCCUAGUUGUAUAUUGUACCUUCUGCUAUCAGAUCAUUAGGAUUAUUGGCAUGGA